UGUUGCAGUUUCACCAUAGGCGAUCCAGAUGAGAGUCUUCGCAUUACUUGCAUAUGUCUAGAUAAAACUCGCUCCAGACUAAUUGUUGCAUAUAAUAACCAAAUUAUCCGAGAGUUUACGAUUUCUGAUGAAACUCCUACGCUGGCUCGCACCUGGAAGGCUAUGCAUACCGCUCCUAUUCUAUGCAUGAAAAUGAACGCUGAUGGCUCUUUGUUAGCAACAGGUUCAGCAGACCAUAGCGUAAAGGUAUGGGAUAUGGUUCUACAACACUGCACCCACACACUGAAAGGUGCUGGCGUAGUUUCAGCGCUGUCUUUUAUUCACAACAAUCGCUUAAUGGUAGGCUAUCUGGAGGGACAGGUUUAUAUGUUCGAUCUAGUCAAGGGAGCCCUACAGAAAUUAUUGCGUGAGUGGAGGACGCAUAGCAGCUGCAUAACGGGUUUUUUGGAGGUGCCCGGAUCACGGCGUGUCGUUAUUAUAUCGAAGGAUCAGACCGCUUCAAUUGUGGAAUCAGAAACAAGAGAAGUUCUAAAAGUUUUGCCUUUGUUUGAAGCAAUCGAGUCUGCUGUACUAGUACAUGGUAACAUGGUCACAGUUGGAGAAGAGGGCACACUGAAAGAAUGGUCCAUUGAAUCUGCUCGACUUCUACGGUCAAAGAAGAUUUCUGGGGCGCGUCUGGAGUCAGUAGCAUACAAUCCGAUUUGCGAUCAACUUCUGAUAACAUCUGCUGAAGAGAAUAUUUUUCUGGUUUCAUUCGAUAAAUUCUCAUUGAAUCGACAAAUUGUUGGAUUUCACGACGAAAUUUAUUCUUGCUCAUUCGUUGGAAAAGAUGAGUCGCACUUAGCCGUUGCGUCGAAUACAAAAGAAAUACGAUUAUACAAUACUGCUACGUGGGACUGUCAGUUGAUUGAAGGUCAUAGCGAAAGUGUGCUGUGUGUUGCAACGGCUCCUUUCAAUCGCCGUAUUUUAGCAUCCUGUAGCAAAGAUAACUCGAUCAUCAUAUGGAAACUCUUCUGUUCUUCGGACGGCAAAACAUAUCAACUGAAAGCGAUGGCUCGGGCGACUGGGCACACAAAUUCUGUGAAUGCGAUAUGUUUCUCUCACUCUGGCAAACGACCAUUCCUUGUGUCGGUGUCGACGGACACAACAAUCAAAUUGUGGUCGCUAACUGAACUCGAUCAAGACGCCAACGAUGAAAUCAGUCUGGAAAAUGUUGGCAAGUUGAGCUGUUCUUCUACUCUCGUCGCACAUGGCAAGGACGUAAAUUGUGUUGAUGUUUCCCUCACAGAUUCUGUUUGUAUAAGUGGAGGAAUGGAUAAGUUGGUGAAGUUGUGGCAUGUUGAUCCAGCUAAAAUGCGGCUUGGCAUUGCGGGUACUUUGACGGGACAUCGAAGAGGUGUCGCGGAUGCGAGGUUCUCACCUAGUUCGCUGAAGGCUGCUUCAUCCAGUGGAGACCUAACAAUCAAGAUUUGGUCUCUCGAGGACAAAACUUGCUUGCAGACACUGAAUGGGCACAACUCAGCAGUUUUUAGGAUCCUAUUCGUUAACCAUGGUACCCAGCUAGUGUCAGCAGACAGCGCUGGCAUCGUCAAAAUUUGGACGAUGGCUACUUCUGAGGCUGAAACAUCCAUUGAAGCACAUAGUGAUAAGGCACUGUUUACCGCUUCAUUCCUGGUCUUCGAAGACCGAGCCUGA